AUGUCGUCGCCGAGCCCGAAGAAGCGCUGCCCGAAGCCCUGGCGGCCGCUCUUCGCGGCCGGGUCGCGCGUCGAGUGCCGCCACGGCGGCGGCGACGUCUUCUACCCCGGCGUCGUCACGGCCGUCACGAGCGACGGCCACUACGACGUCGACUACGACGACGGCGACGAGGAGCGCGGCGUCGCGGGCUCCCUCAUGCGGCCCGAGGCGGGCCUCAAGGUCGGCGACGCGCUGCAGAAGAAGUUCCCGGGCUACGGCAGCGGCGUCUUCGACGGCCGCGUCGCGGAGAUCUUCCCCGCGGAGAAGAAGGUCCGCGUCGCCUGGUCCGACGGCGAGGAGACGUUCAUGACCGUCGCGGCCGUGCGCAAGGCCAUGGACCACCCGCCGUCGCCCGCGAAGCCGGUCAAGCGCGCCGCGGCGUCGGCGCCGCCCGCGCCGCUGCCGGCCCUCGAGGCGGCGGGCGGCCGGCCGAAGCGCGCGCGCAAGGCGCCGCCGGCGCUCACGUACGCGAAGAUGGGCACGAACACGUCGUCCGCGAAGAAGCGCGCGGCCUGGGACUCGGAGGAGGACGCGUCCAUCUCGUCGUCCGACGAGUCCGCCAAGCCCCGGCGCAAGCGCGCGGCCGCGGCGCCGAAGAAGAAGAAGCAGGCGAAGAAGGCCGACGCCGACGACGAGGCCGACGCGGGCGCGUCGAGCGACUCCGAGGACGAGUCCUCGGACGACGCCUCCUCGGAGGACGAGCAGCCCAAGCGCAAGCGCACGGCCGCGGCGGCGAAGAAGAAGGCGCCGGCGGCGAAGAAGAAGGCCGCGGCGGCGCCCGAGCGGCCGCUCACGGAGGCGGAGAAGGGCACGGCGGGCAAGCCGACGGCGGGCCUCGCGCCGCCCAUGGCCGGCCAGUACUCCGGCGAGUACCGCUUCGCCAUCGGCACCGUCGUGAGCGUCAAGUGCACGUCGACGGGCCGCUGGGUCCGCGGCCACGUCAUCAUGCACCUCCGCGGCGGCGUGACGACGUUCUACGCCGUCGAGAAGGCGCGGUGCCUCUUCGAGCGCAUGCAGGGCAAGAACCAGCACUACGAGGACGUCGACGUGACGACCCAAAAGGCCGCGGCGGCCUGCGUCGUCGCUUUGGACGAGCCGCCGCGCGAGGUCCGCAAGUGGACGUCGGGCACGCCGUGCAUGCGCGCGUCGAACCUCGAGCACGCGGCCGCGGUCAAGGACGCGCCCUUCGACCCGUCCCUGGGCUUCGGCGCGUCCAAGCUCCGGACGAAGCAGUCGACGGGCAAGUUCUCCGGCGGCGCCGACGCCGCCGCGGGCCUCGACGAGGCCGAGGUCAAGGCGAAGGCGCACCUCGCCGCGGGCCGCGUCGGCGAGGCCCAGGUCCUCGAGUGCCUCACGUGCCUCGGCGACAAGUGGCCGACCCAGGACCGGCCGAACGUGACGCCCGACGGCAAGCCCGUCCACGGCAUGUGCCUCGGCGCGGUCUUCGUCCUCGGCGGCGUCGGCAUGGCCUGCUCGAACGUGAGCGAGCACUACCCGGAGCUCACGACGCUCGUGACCAAGUGGGUGACGACGACGCUGCCCGAGGACUUCCCCUUUAGCAGCCUCCAGAUCAACUACAACUACCGCGCGCGGAAGCACGUCGACGGCAACAACAUCGGCCCGUCCUACAUCCGCGCCAUCGGCGACCACAGCGGCGGCCAGGGCAGCAAAAGGGUGAUUCAACGCGGCGGCGAGCUCUGGACCGCGGACAAGUUCAUCGUCACGACGGACGACGACGGCAAGCCGCUCGUCAAGGGCGGCGGCGGGCCGGACACGCUCGACUGCAAGAAGGAGUGGAUGCUCUUCAACGGCAACGAGGAGCACGAGACGCGGCCCUACUUCGCGGGCAAGGGCGCCAAGCCGGGCACGAAGGGCGGCACGCGCAUCUCCUUCAUCGCCUUCAGCCACCAGGCCUACAACAAGCUCUCGACGUCCGUCGCGACGCGCCUCAGGACGCUCGGCUUCACCGCGUGCUCCGACGACGGCGUCGACCUGCCCUACUUCACCAAGUACCGCAUCGACAAGAAGGAGUUCGACGCCGACGAGAACGUCAAGUACUUCCGCUACCAGCGCAAGCGCGCGAUCGAGCUCCCGCCGCCGACGAAGAAGAACGCCGUGUCCGUCGAGUGCUACGGCCUCACGAUGGCGCGCGGCGGCGGCUGGAUGUCCCACUGCGACGCCGCGGCGACGCGCACGGUCCACGAGCUCACGCCGAACAUGACGGGCUUCCACGUGCUCCACCUCGACGCCUCCGGCGCCGCCGGCGUCGCGCUCGUCGAGUCCCACGUCGACAAGAAGCGCUUCAACAUCUACGCGAAGACGGACCCGGAGACGGACCGCUUCGCCAAGUUCGUCAAGGGCCUCAAGCCCAACGCCGUCGUCGCCGUCUGCAUCACGGACACGGCCGUCGCGGCGAAGCGGCCCCCGGGCAAGAAGCUCUACGACGCGCUCGUGAGCCUCGGCGCGCCCGAGAACAUGGAGAAGAUCGGCUACCGCUUCCCCUUCGCCUUCCUCGGCGUCAAGGGCGCGAAGCCGGGCUCCGCCGUCGUCCUCAUGGACAAGACCAAGUUCCUCCUCCGCAUCGACGCGACCGUCGUCACCGCGAAAGACGGCACCGUCACGCUCGCGGACGUGACCGAGGAGAAGACGGACAUCACGACGAAGGUGAUCCUGUCCAAGAACCACGGCGACGAGGGUUAG